AUGUUUUCUCCAUCAUUAGUCCGCCUUUCUCUUCUUGCUUUGAUUGGCCAACUCGUCUUAGCUACCCCAAAUGACGAUCCUGAAGAAAGAACCCAGAGCUGCUUCUAUUACUCCGGCGCCAACACAACACAAGCUUCUUGUAACGAAAAUCCACAUGUCGUCUGCAAGAAAGGGUGCACCGGCUAUGUUACUGCCGAAGGAUGUCAACCAACCGGCAAUCCAUCUACACAGCCAACAGAUGCGCCGAGCACACAGUACUGUGAGAUAGGGUUCGGUCGAGACUCGGCUGUGUCUAAAGUUUGCCAGACGAAAACCCAAACGUACCUUUGUUCAGGCAAAACUACCGGAGCGGCGCAAUGUCACGGUUGUGUUCAAAGCUAA